AUGCAAGUAAAGGCGGAGGGCGGCUGCGCCAGCGAAACUCCGAUGGCCGGUAGGGAGUCGCGACUGGAUGGUUGUUGGCGGAAGGCGGCGGCAAUGUGGUGGACUGGCAGCCGGUCUGCUGGAACUCUGUGUUUAGGUGUAGUGCAUGAUAUAGAAUUCAAUCCUCGUGAGAUCUUUCCACUGGAUACAAAAUACUCCCUAAACAUUUUUGUGGUAAACCCUAACCCAAUUGUUAAGAGCUCAAAGCUUCGAAGAGUUUCAUCACGGAUGCCUCUUGAACCAGCAGCACGGGUGAAAGAUGAUGAUUUCGACUCGAAUCCAGGCUGUAGCCUAUGA